AUGUUAUCCAAUCCCACGCACACAUUCAUUGCCUAUUUUGCUGCAUUUUUUAUCUCCAAAUAUGUUGUCAAUUCUGAGGGUGUUGUCUUGAUUAAAUUUAUCAAUGAAGUACUUGGUCAUUUUGGGCAAUUGUUCCAUCUUCCAUUGAGCAUGAGUAGCCUGUAUUUCAUGACUGGCCUCACCGCAUUGACCAAAGGAGUUCAGCGAUUCAUUGUAUGCAGCCAGUGCAACAUGACAUACCAUGAAUCACUUCUGUUUCUGGAGUCAAGCAGGAUCAUGACCAUUCUCAAGAAGGUUUAUCAGUACAACUCAAUAAUUAAUUCCUUGAGCAUGCCUUUCUACCAUCCUGGAUUUGAAGAAAAAAUCAAUGAAUGGAGAAGUUGA